AGUGUUGUUUCGAUUGUUUUUGCCUCAAGCACGUGUAGAAUUUUCUGUCAUUUUUUUGAAGCUACACAAGAAAGAUUUUCGCGUGCGUUUUACGAGAUUUCAUCUCACUUGUUUAAGCGGCAACUCGCGAAAUCAAAUGCAAAUUAAUUCUAAGAGCGUUUUGACUGAAAUUAAAAAUCAGUUUAUUUUCAAAAGAUUCUUCAUCAAUUGA